AUGUUGUGCCAUUCUUCUCCAUGCAGUUCGAAAGAUGUGCCACCUCCACCAUACGUCAUUUCCAUUGGAGCGUCUCCGAAAAGAUUGAACGCUAAAUCACUAAAAACAAAUGAGAUUAAACUGGAGUGGAUACCAUACACAGUAACCCAUGCGGCUAUUUAUGGAGCUGUAGCAGCUCUGGCGUUUUUGUACAAUACCAUCUGCUUCUUUCAUAAUUUUGGAAGAAUGCCUCUUCACAAGGAUGGUUUCAUGGACGAGGUGUUUGGCGAAGAGGCAUUGCUCUGCUCAGUCGUUAUUCAGUGGUUGUUGAUUUUCUCCAUAUUCAUUUCUGGCAUUGUGCUCGAACGAUGUGUCCCACAACCAUUGCAUAUAUUCUUGUCGGUACUGGCAACCAAUGCUAAUGCAGUCCUAUUUGUUCUGAACAUUAGAAAAGUUAUAGACGAAGUCAUACCCAUAGACUGCCAGUACUUCAUCUUCAUCGUACUAUUAUUUAUCCUGUCAGUGGCCCUAUGUUGUGCAUACAUCGUGGCUAUAACUUAUUACAAAAAGCAAAAAAGACUCGAUCGCUCCUUGAUCCUAUCAAAUACUGUGUUUCAAGCCAGGCAACGACGAGUAAAAGAACUAGAGUACACUUUUGAUCCAACCUUUGACGAUAUUUCUUUGUUAACUUAUUCUCCUAUAAAAUUAUGA